UUAAAAUUAUUAUUGAUUACUUGACCAGUAAAUACAUUGAGGUUUAAAUAAAAUAGUUUUUAAUUUGUUGCAAUAAAAAUGAUGGGACACAGGAAGAUUACAUUGUGCCUGCUGUAAAUGGUGUACUUAAUGUGAUGAAAGCAUGCACAUGAGCUAAGUCUGUUAGGAGAGUGGUUUUCACUUCAUCUGUUUGUGCUAUUUGUCCAUUGAAUGAGAAGGGGGAAUUAGCUUAUUCAUGCAUUGAUGAAUCAUGUUGGAGUCCUCUAAAUUUUCUUAAAUCGCAACCAAAUGCUUUGUCUUGGUAUAUGACUGCCAAGACAUUAGCAGAACAAGAGGCCUUCAAUUAUGGUGCUGAAAACAAUCUUGAGGUCAUAACAGUACAAUCGGCUUUUGUCAUUGGGCCUUGGAUUACAGCUACACAUGAGUUGACAUCUGUCCAAGUAAUAUGGGCUCUAAUUGGAGACAAUGAUAUAAACUAUCAAGUACUAAAGUAUAUGCAAUUCACAUUGGGCUCCAUACCAAUAGUUCAUAUAGAGGAUGUAUCCAAUGCCCACAUUUUUUUGAUGGAGCAUCCAAGUGCACAAGGUCGCCAUAUUUGUUCUGUUGAUUCUGCAACUAUCAAGUCUCUCAAAGAUUUGCUUUCCAAACAAUUAAAGAUUUCACUUAAGUUGUAUGAGGAGGACUCCAUUAAUAGAUAUGUACCAUUUUCUUCCAAAAAAUUAUUGGAUAUGGGCUUCUCUUACAAAUAUAGUUUGGAGCAUACUUUUGAAGAAGGUAUAGAAUGUUGUAAGAAGAAUAAGAUUUUGAAUUAAUAAUUUAAGGCAUCUUAAUCUAUUUUCCAAAAUAGAUUUACUUAACCACAAACUUAUGUAUCAUAUACAAAUUCUAAUCAUAUAAACUUUGAAUUUGUAAUUC